AUGGACUGCAGCACGCCAGGCCUUCCCACCCAUCACAACUCCCGGAGCUUGCUCAAACUCAUGCCCAUCGAGUCGGCGAUGCCAUCCAACCUUCUCAUCCUCUGUCGUCCCCUUCUCCUCCCACCUUCAGUCUUUCCCAGCAUCAGGGUCUUUUUCAAAGACUGUUCCUCUCCCUGGAUGUCUUUUAAAUGUUUAAAAAAAAAAAUCCCUUGCUUCCUGUGUUUUAUUUACUGUAGGAAUAAAUACACGUCUGUGCAUGUCCUAGUUAAAAGCCUUGUACCAGCCGUUGCUUUUCUAUAUUCUUUCAAGACGGGGUUUCCCUGA